AUGAUGAUCGCUAACUAUAAUACUCGGCGAAUCUUGGUAGAUAAUGGAAGUUCAGCUGAUAUCAUUUUUCUUGAUGCAUUCAGCAAGAUGAAGAUUGGUAAGGAGAAACUCAGACCUACCAGAUCACCAUUGGUGGGAUUCACGGGAGACAAAGUCUAUCCUCUAGGAGCAGUCAUCCUUCCUGUCACUGCAGGAACCAGCCCAAAACAAGUCACUGUCAUGGUCAACUUCCUGGUGGUGGAUUGUCCUUCUACUUACAAUGUCAUCCUAGGAAGAGCGACCUUAAAUUCGAUGAGGGCUAUCACUUCGACUUAUCACCUAUUAAUGUGCUUCCCUACCGAGCAUGGCGUGGGCGAACUAAGAGGAGAUCAGUCCAUUGCCAGAGAAUGCUACGUUGCCUCUCUCAAAGAAAAGAGACAGCAGGAGGCUUUGAUUGUCGAUGAAGUUGAAGAGAAUGAGCAAGACUGGGCUAAGCCAAUCGAGGACUUGGUGGAGAUAUGCUUGAAUGACACUGACAUAACAAAAAAGGUGAAGAUAGGGUCUCUGCUCCCCUCAGAUUUCACAAAUAUUCUUAUACAGUUCCUCAGACAGAAUCAAAAUGUAUUCGCCUGGUCACAUGAAGACAUGCCCGGUAUUAAUCCAACUACGAUUGAGCAUCGAUUAAACACAGAUCCUACAUUCAAACCUAUCAGGCAAAAGCGAAGAACAUUUGCCGCGGAAAGGAACAUGGCUAUAUCAGAAGAGGUGAAUAAGCUUAUGAAAGCUGAUUUCAUCCAGGAGGUUCAUUAUCCCGACUGGUUGGCCAAUGUUGUUUUGGUAAAAAAGGCCAAUGGAAAAUGGAAGUUGUGUGUAGACUUUACGGAUUUAAAUAAGGCAUGCCCCAAAGACAGUUUCCCUCUGCCAAGAAUUGAUAUGUUGGUAGAAGGGACAGCUGGCCAUGAGCUGCUCAGUUUUAUGGAUGCAUACUCAGGGUAUAACCAAAUCUCAAUGCACACGCCAGACAGAGAUAAAACCUCUUUCAUCACGGACUGA